CACAAUUGCACCAUCAUUUGCCUUAUCCUCUUUUAUCUUCUUCGGUUCUUCCUUCUUCUUCUGCAAACUCAUUCACAUUUCCAUUAUAAAAAAAGAGAACAAGAAUUUUUUUUUUUUAAAAGAAAAAGAUAAUAACAAUGGCAGCAACGACUGCACUUUCAACACUAACAUUAUCUUAUCCUACACCCUCAUCUCCUUAUCCUGCGCACCCGCUCUCCAAAACCACCACCGUCCACUUCCCCUUCGCUACAACAGCCACCACCAUUCUCCCCCGCGCCGCCUCACUCGGCCCUAUCUCCGCAGUCUCAGCGCCGGAGAAGAUCGAGAACCUCGGUGCCGAGAUCUCCGGCCUCACAUUGGAAGAAGCCAAGACUCUCGUGGACUAUCUCCAGGACAAGCUCGGCGUAUCCGCGGCGUCGUUCGCGCCUGCCGCCGUGGUGGCCGCACCGGGCGCAUCAAGCGGCGGAGAAAGCGCGGCUGCGGUGGAAGAGAAAACGGAGUUCGACGUGGUAAUUGAGGAUGUUCCGAGCAACGCGAGAAUCGCAGUAAUCAAAGCGGUGAGAGGAUUGACGAGUUUGGCGCUGAAGGAAGCGAAGGAAUUGAUCGAAGGUUUGCCGAAGAAGUUCAAAGAAGGAGUUUCGAAGGAAGAAGCUGAAGAAGCUAAGAAGCAACUUGAAGAAGCUGGUGCUAAGAUCUCAAUCGCUUAGUUAGUUUUUUUUUUCUUUUCUAUUUCUAAAUUUCACAUUAAUUUUUGUUUUCAUAGCUAUGGAAAAUGAUGUUAUUUAAUAAAUUAAUCACGGAUCAUCCUAUUUUUCUUAUGACUUUUGAAGUUUUGAGUACUUGAAAGAAAUAUGGCCCACUUUUUUGUUCUUGGUUACGCUAUAUGUCUUAA